AUGUCCUACAUCACAGAAGGCGCAGAAUGGAUGAACCCUGUGCCCUCAGCUGUCAAGAACUUGAUCACCAAUUUCUUCCGCAUUGGAGAUAAGCCUGAUCCAGAUGCUGGAAAUCUAUGGGCUGAUGAAGUCUUCGCUGCAGACGGGCGUCUGGUUGUCGGUGAAAAUGAAAUUGUAGGCGAGCAAGGCGCAUGGGCGGCGAUCGAAUCUCGACGACACGUGGUUCAGCGCGUGUAUGCCGGGGGAAGUGACGCUGAGGAUCUCAUGCUUCACGGUGUGUUGACUCAAACUAUUCGUGGCAAUGGUCGUGAAGUUCAGAUACCGUUUGCGGCCAGGAUGGUCUUGCAGCCAGGAUCCCGACAGACAUCGAGUCCAAAAAUCCAGUUGUAUCAAGCCUGGGCGGUAAGAAACUCCGAACGACUGGAUGAAUAG